CCCUGGCUGGGUAGGUGCAAACUCGCACGUACCCAUCGACCAGCGACCAAGUGCGGGGCAGCCAGUUCGGCAUUGAUGAGAUUUGGCACGCCAGAACGGGCACGAACGGGCUCUGGGAGGGUCAGCAGGGGAACCUUCUGCGACACUAGAUCCGCUCGAAGACCUACGAGACACAGAUAAGAGCUUGUUGAUCGCGGGUAUAAAAAGGUAGAUUAUGACCGGGAGGGGACAACAGCCUCUGCUUCUGCCUCUCGCUCUGUGUCCUGCCCCCGUCUACAUACAAGAAGACAAGAAGAUCAAGAUCACAGCAUAAUCAUCGCCAGCCAUGGCUCCCUCGAGAUUGGAUACCGUCUCCUUCACUUCUUUCACCAACAUCGUCAACGGCGAAUCCCGCAGCUCGAAGACAAAAUACCACGGAAUCGACCCCACCUCCAAACAACCCAACUGGGAUGUCCCCGUGGCUACUGCUGAGGAUGUUGAAGAUGCCGUCGCCGCCGCUAACAAGGCCUUUGCCGAGUGGAAGACCACGACCUGGGAAUACCGCACCGAACGCAUUGCCCGCUUCAAGGAGGCCCUCGAGGCGUACCAGGAGGAGAUGACCGACCUGCUCCUCAAGGAGACAGGUAAGCCACGUAACUUUGGAGCCACCGAGGUGCAGUCGUGCUCCAAGUUUAUGGAGUGGCAUAUGGGGUUGAAGGAGCCUAAGGGUGAAUCAUACGACCUUGACGAUAGGACUAUUGUCAACAAGUUUGUCCCGCUGGGUGUUGCCGCCGCCAUUUGCCCCUGGAACUUCCCUCUGUUGUUGAGUUUGGGCAAGGUCUUGCCGGCCGUGCAGAUGGGAAACGCUAUCAUCGUGAAGCCGAGUCCUUUCACUCCAUACACUGCACUGAAGAUGGUUGAGAUCGCCAACCAAGUCUUCCCACCGGGGCUUGUUCAGGCGUUGGGUGGCGAUGACAAACUCGGCCCAGCUCUCGUCGACCACCCUGACAUCCACAAGAUCAGCUUCACUGGUUCGAUCGCAACUGGCAAGAAGGUUAUGGCUGCAGCAGCGAAGACCGUCAAGCGAGUAACCCUGGAGAUGGGCGGCAACGACCCUGCAAUCGUCCUCCCUGACGCCGACAUUGCCAAGGUGGCUCCUAUGGUGGCCAUGGGCGCAUUCUUUAACACCUCGCAAGUCUGCAUCGCCUCGAAACGCAUCUAUGUGCACUCGUCCAUGUACGACGAAUUCCUGGCCGCGCUCGUCAAUGUCGCCAAGUCACUGAAGGUGGGCGCCUCCAACGAAGAAGGCGUCAUGCUGGGCCCCAUCCAGAACAGCAUGCAGUACGAAAAGGUCAAGACCUUCUUCAAGGACACCAAGGACCAUGGCUACAAAUUCGCCCUGGGGUCUGGCGACGUGCCCGAGACCAAGGGCUUCUUUAUCGAGCCUACCAUCAUCGACAACCCACCCGAGGACAGUAUGAUCGUGCAGGAGGAGCCCUUUGGACCCAUCGUGCCGGUGCAAAAGUACGACGACAUCGAGGACGUUAUCAAGCGUGCCAACAACUCCAAGGCCGGGCUGGGUGCCACCGUCUUCGGCAAGGACGCCCAGAAGCUCCAGGAGGUUGCCGACAAGUUGGAGGCUGGCUCCGUUUGGAUCAACAGCUUCCCUGCCGCGGGUCCCCAGGCUCAAUUUGGCGGUGUCAAGGAGAGCGGCAUCGGCACCGAGUUUGGCACCUUGGGUAUUUUGGCGUAUGCCAAUGUCAAGGCCAUUACAACGUUCAAGAACAACUCGUAGAAAGCCCCUGAUGAGGAGAGUGGGUAGUGGGACGACCUGUAUUAGACAGACAAGAUACCUUUUGAGCCCAAACAAGAAUUAGACCCAGAG